AUGAGCCUUUUCGAGGAACUCUACGAAUAUACUAAUCAACAUCCUCUCACAAGCCUGCGUGCUCGAUUCAGGCAAAAUUACGACAAUGCUGUUGAUCAAGUGAAGGCAAUUCAAAAAUUUCUAGUUCAACUUCUAGCAUACACCGUAGAGUUCGACAGUAACGCCUACAUCUACACGCUUCAUCAGCAAAUCUUUACAAUAAGCAAUAAAAUCUCUGCUAAAAGAGUCGUUCUCUCCAACCUCGAGCCCUUUGUUGAACUAAUCUUAUCUGAUGCUAGUGACCGUGAAUUUUGGACUCAAUUCAUUGAUCUUGCUGAUGAUAUUAACUAUGAGGAACCAAAGUCAAUUCCGGACAUAAUGAUUCCAAUCAUUGAAGAAAACACAACGACUACAUACACGCGCAGCGCUUCAGAGAUACCCAAUUACGACGCAACAGGCCCUUCCAUCACUGUAGCGCUCAAGAUCGAACUUACAAACAAUGUUUACAAAAGUGUUGGUAAUUUCUGGGGGGUUUAUUUUGAGAAUGAGAGGUGGUCUCAAACUACAACGCGAAUCUGGGAGUGUUACCGCGAUAACAACCAAUGUCAACCCCAUAUUUUUCACAACAACAUGAAUGAAGCCGAACUCCGGGCCUGGUUUUACACCUUCUUCGACCGUUACUUGAAACAGUUUACGCUCCCCCACGAGGCAAACACAUCGGAAUCAACUUUCAUCCGCAUGCCAAAUGAUCCUAUCGCGCGCGGCAAAUUCUAUCAUACAACACAAUUCAACCAGCUUGAAGGUGCAAAGAGUCGACGAAAGCUUGACUUUUUUAUUGAAGAUGCAGACCUAGUCGAGGAAAGUAAACAUCAUUGGAGAGAUAUCAGAGUGAUAGGUGAAUUCACCAAGGCCGCUGGUCUGAAAGGUGUCAAGUUCCACCAGCUCACGAGAUACAUUCGUGAAAUAUUCUACGCACAGCCAUUGCGUCGAUUUGUGCAUGGAUUUGUUGUUCACAAACUGCACGCUGAGUUCUGGGUAGUUGACCGAUCGGGUGCAUACAGCUCGGGCGAAAUCAGUCUGAUUGAAAGCCAAGAAAAACUGGUACGAGCUAUUUCAUCAUACAUGUUCAUGAGCGACCAAGAGCUUGGGCUUGAUACGACAAUUUUUCGUAAAGAUGAUCUAUCAUUCAUCACCACUCGAGAUGAUGAUGAGCCGGCUGAUAAUGUGAUCGAAAUCAUGUCGGAGCCACUUUACAGACCAGAGACAAUAGUAUCACGGGCAAAUCUCUGCCAUCGGACGAAGGAUGACAUGUUUAUGAUUAAGUUCUCGUGGGGUUCGGGAGCAGAACGAUCCGAGGUUGAUUAUCUGAAAUUGGCAAAACCGGUGAAUGGCGUAGUGAAUUUAGUGUGGGAUACGGUGUUGCAUGAAGUGGAAACUCACCGAGCUGGGCUGGAUUUCUCAAUGGCACGUAAGUUUUCGAUGCAAAACAACAAAUGGUGCCUUUCCCUAGGCCUACAGAAUGAAACAUCCGCAACUCCAGUUUAUUUCCGCAAACGCAAGCUUACCUUAGCAAUACUUUCGCCGAAUGGACAGCCUCUUAAAUCUAGUCGAUCGCUCCGAGAGUUUUUGAGUUGUAUUCUUGAUGCUAUAAUUGGUCAUCGUGAUCUUUACAAUGAUGCAAAGGUCCUUCACGGCGAUGUUUCUGAGGGAAACAUCAUUUUGACCAAGCCCGACGAAAAUGGAAAAUCAGAGGGUACUCUUAUCGACUUGGAUAUGUCUACUUCGGUCGAUGGCAAGGUAGAUGAGAAAGAGGAAAUGAAAAUUACGGGUACCGUCAAGUAUAUGGCAAUUGAGUUACUGAAGAACAUGAGCGAAAAUAAGUAUAGCAUAAAGAAAUCGUGUCGUUACGACCUCGAGUCUUUCUUUUACGUUUUUCUUGUGGGAUGCCUGCGGUAUGGUCGACCAAGUUCAGAGCCAGCGAACUUGAACGGCUGGUACACAGACGAUCUAUCAACGAACUAUAACACGAAGAGAUCAGAUAUUACCGUAAGAUUCGAGACAAAUAUCAUAGAUCACUUUUCGCCAAGUUUCGACGCAGUCAAGGAUUUGGCAAGAGAUCUACGCAAGAUUUUGUUCGGAAGUAAUCUAGAUCAGUUCAUCUCAAGGCCCAACUCCGUAGAACUUUAUGAUCCAAUUAUUACAGCGUUUAAAAACGUUAUAACACAAAUUGACGAGGGCCAUAUUACAAACGAGAAUUUAGACUCACCAGCUGUGAAAAAGAGAAUUAGAAGGACAAAUUCAAGAGGAGGAUCAAUGGUCAAGUCAAGCAGGACGAAAUCAAGGGGAGGAUCAGCGCUCAGGUCAGAAAUGACGAAAUCAAGGGGAGGAUCAAAGAGAGGAUCAAGGCUUCAGCCCAGAAACACGUCAUGA